GUAGGUGGAUUUUAUUAUUGGAUGACCCAACAUCGCAUUUCAAUGUUUGGUAACUGAACACCUUUGAAUCAGCUCAGUAAUACAAUGACCCUCAGAAAAGGAGAUCAUCAAGAAUACUGUACUUUUAUUUCUCGUCAUGAAGAGGGAAAUUGACCAUGACGCACGUUCAUCAAUCUGCCAUUGGCUGACGUUCAUCAGCUUUGUGAUUUUGUUUACCACGGUUGCUUUUCUCUCCUUUCAUGUCUACGAUCUUCGCAAGGAAAUCGACAAAGUGAAGGCAGAGAUUCGUCCCUCAGUGGUGAAGAAUGACAAGGAAGCUUCACGGUUGAACGAUGAUUAUUUCGUCAGAUCUCGACUUAUUCGUCAGAUUGAACCGGGACCAGACGAAGAAAACCCACAUCCCGAUGUUGGUCUAGAUCAACAGCAACACAGUUUCGCCAAGUUGAACUGUACUACGAAUGCAGAAGGAUAUAGCAUUUGCACCCUGGUCAACGGUAGUCUCCUUGGAACUCCUGGCGCUCGUCACGAGGUACAAAGACAUGUGGAGUCUUACCUCAAUCAAUCUGGCGCGAGUUUCCUCGGAACUUCAGCCGCUCAGCAAGUGGUACAGGAGUAUUUUGUGUCUUACUUCAACACUUCCGGCCGAGGUCUUUUGAGAAAUUCUGGCGCUCAGGAAGUGGUACAGGAGUAUGUCGUGUCUUACUUCAACACUUCCGGCCGAGGUUUGUUGAGAAAUUCUGGCACUCAGGAAGUGGUCCAGGAAUAUGUUGAAUCCUACUUCAACACAUCAGGGGGAAAUCUAUUAAGAACUUCAGGACAUCAGCAAGUUGUGGAGGAGUAUGUGGAAUCUUACUUCAACGCAUCUGGUGUAAAUCUCUUGAGAACAUCUGCCGCUCAGCAGGAGAUACAAGGAUAUGUUGAAUCUCACGUGAACAAAACAUAUGGACCAACUCUUUCUCGGUUGACUGAUGAUGAGCUGGACAGUAGAUUUCGAAGACUCAUCAAUAUCCAUUUCAGCAAUACCUCUUUCGGACUCGGUAGUUUUGGAGGAAAUUACACUGGAUUGGGGUUUGGUUUUAAUUUUACCAGAAAUGGAUUCGGUGGUAAUUUAACAGGAAAUGGAUCUAGGGGAGCCGGAGUUGGAUUUGAUGGGAGUUUCUCAGGCGUGGAAGGAAGCCUUCGUCUUAUUGAGCAGUAUGUUGGUUCCUAUGCGUUGAAAACGUUUGGUCCAUCGUUUAUUCCUGGUGCAGAAAUUGAACUAGAGCGGGGCCAGACAGUGCUGGACACUUACUUGGACC